AUGCGCCCUCUUGUCCUGACUCUCCUUUCCGUCCCCAGCAUCCUGGCCGCUCCGGCAGGCUAUUUCAAAUCCUCCGGUCAGGACGGUCCUUACCAUGACUUCUCUCUCUCUUGCGCCCACGUCUCUUUGGAUGACCGCGGCAGCAUCCUGUCUGCGUCCUGCGCCCGUCCUAUCUGGGCUUCGUCCAACGGCAAUGGCAACAAUGGAAACAACCCGGGCAACCGGGGAAGCCCCCAGGCCCAGCAGAUGAUGCUGGACAAUGAGUUGGACCUGCGCAUGUGUGUUGGCAUUGACCAGGAGACGGGCGAGCUGGCUUGGGAUGUUUAUGGCAAGUACACCAACUACUGCCAGGAUUGCAUCCUCUUCCGCCAGCCUGCUCCCGAACAUCCCUCUCAGUUCAACCACCUACUGUCGUGCGAGUGCGCGCCGCUGGUUGGCAUGGAUGGCCCUGUUCGGUCGAGCCUCAACUUGGACGAGGGCAUCGCCAACGAAAUGGGCACCCUCAGGUGCGCCGGCGGCAUGGCUUCGCUGACCCACCCUCAGUAA